AUGGUCUGCAGGUGGAGCGCUGGGAUUCCACCUAUGAAGGACCUUUAUAUCAAGAUGUUUUAUGUUUCAAUGCUUGAGAAGAUGGCAGAAUUCCACCAGUGGGAUUUUCAUGCAGAAGGCUCAGAAUUUGAGCUGGGGAAAUGUAGAGAGACGCUUUCAAAAUUAAGCAGAGAUCCUUGUACUGCGAAACUUACAGACUAUGGCAAAAUAUACAUAAUUAUUAAAUAUUCAAAGGAGAAUGAAGUGUCAAUCUCUGUUCAUUUCUGUGAAAAAAAUAAUACCAAUUUCUUUCAGGCUGGACCAUUAACCAAAGUGACGAUUUGUAAGGACAAAGAAGGAAAACCCAAGUCUUUUGGAUUUGUCUGCUUUAAACAUAAAGAAUCAGUGCCUUAUUCGAUAGCUUUGCUGAAUGGAAUCCGUUUGUAUGGAAGACCAAUUAAAGUGCAGUAUCGGUUUGGGAGUUCUUACUCAUCAGAACUAAACAGCCCUACACAUGGUUUUGAAAACUUUAUUGACUUAUAUUCACCUUCAUAUAGGUAUCAAGAGCCUUAUGGAAAUCCUCCAUUUCCUGUUACUCCUUUUCCCAUGAAGAAUAGUUUACCUCAUGAAUAUUUAGGAUUUCAGAAGAUGAUGAACCAUUAUUUAGCACAGCAGUACACGGUACAGAGUCCAGUGGGUCAACAAUUUCCUUACUUUCAGAUGACUCCACCACUGCCUUCAAAUUUAUCCUUUUCUCCCUAUCAGAAUCAAGCUGCAACUUUUAAGUCUGCACAGAGUUCUUUUGAAUUAGCUCUGCCACAUUCAAGUGACUAUGAAGUGCACCAGGUGGAUGAAAGCACCUCUAAAAGAAAGAGAGAGCAGCAAAGUUGUGACAGUGACACUAGCAUUGAGGAUGACAAAAUGAGACAAAGAGAGCGUGACCAAAAAUACAAGAAGCGCAAAGUCAAGAAAAAGAUGCAUUAAUACUCUGUAACU